AUGGGCAUUGUCUCGUAUACUACCAUAAAUUUGGCGGUGAACGCGAAUAAACUAAAUCCUCUGCGCGCUGGAUGUCACAUCAAACUCCCGCGAGAAAUUAUGCUAAAGAGAGCGGUUAUCAACGUGCAAUCCACAGAUAAUGCAUGUUUCGCGUGGUCGGUGAUUGCCGCUCUGCAUCAAGGAAAUGCGCAUAGAACAUCCUCGUAUCCGCACUACUCAUCGAGGAGCAAGCACGUAAACCUCUUGUACGUGGAGGACGAUAGCGCGGGACACUUUGCGCUCAUCAAAGAUUUAUCUCGAUUAGUCAGCUCACAAAUCAAUAGAUAUGGACACAGGAAAUAUUUCUGCGAUAGAUGCCUCCACUACUUUGACUCGAGCGCAAAACUGGAGAUACAUACUGAGGACUGUGGGAAACUAAAUGAUUGUGCGAUAAGGCUGCCGAGCGAGGACGACAAGUGGUUGAGCUUCCACAACCACUGCAGGAAAGAGCGCGUCCCGUUCGUAGUCUACGCAGAUCUUGAGCGUUGA